AUGCAUACAUAUCAGCUUGAUUUAUAUCCUUAUUUAGAAGUUAAAGAAGGAAUAAAACGUGUUGACAAUAAGGACGGGGUUCCCAAAGGAUACAAGUCGUUCAGGUACACUAGUUCUGAUGGAGAUGUCUUCGAUUUGUCCGUUGUUCUUUAUAGUGGGAAAGCUUUGAGGGGUAUAAUAUCGUCUAUGAUUAAUGUUGAUGAAAUAAUAACGUAUUUUAAGGGUGGACACGAAAAUCUGUUAAUAGUCAAGAUUGUUGCUGGACUAGGUGACUACCUUUACUUCAAUCCAGAUACUAAUGAAAAUCUAGAAAAUGUCAGAUUCAGUGAGUUUUUAUAUGAAGGGGAUGAUGAAUUUGGAAUGAACCACCUGAAAAAAAUACUUGAUAACAUAGAUGAGAAUAGUGGAUUUGAUAUUAUAAAACUAAGUAAAGUAGAUAAAGAUUUCACAAAGGAUAUUUAUCAUAGUUCUAAUUUUAUAUUUGAUCUUACCCAAACGAAUGAUAAAUACGUGCCUGAGCUUUCGGAUCGAGAACUAACUGUGACAAAAAAGAACAAUAUAGACAAAUAUCCAAAGAUUCAGCAUCAGUAUAAGAAUCCAUUUAAUGUUAAAGGUAUUAAACUUUCAAAUAGCGAAUACAUGAAAGUUAAGGGGGGUCUUCCAGAUGAUUUAAUCGAUGAAUUUAUGGUAUAUUAUAGUAGUGAGAGUAAACGCGAUCCUCUUUUGGUAACUCUUAGAAUUUAUAGCCAUAAAGAGCUGUGUGCUCCUUCCUACUAUUUUCUAUCUAAGACUAAUGAUCAUGGAGGUAAAUGGGACAUUCGAGAAAUAUGUUCAGUUAUAGGUGAGAAAAACGGGGAACUUGAAAAGGUUCUAGAGAAUAUAGCUACAAAUGGAAAACUUGAUAUUGGCAAAAUAAAAGAUCCUAAUGACCUAAAGAGUAAGCUCGGUGAUAUAAGUAACGGACUCACUAUUGAUCUAACCAAGGCUGAAGGACCUCCAGGAAAGACUAGUCACUAUGUUUCUGAUGGAGUAAGUAUUCCUUAUAAGAAGAAACAGGAGAGAGAAAAACAGUACACGGUUGUUUUACAUGCAGAUAUUUACUCCUUUUCCAUCAAGAUGAUUAGAAUUGAUGAGAAAACUGAGUUGAGAGAAGACAAACUUCCUCCCUGUGGAACAUUGUUCAGAAAACUAAAAGUUUACUAUCCUGAUCAAACAUACAAGGACAUAGUUUUUAUUGAACUAGAGUGUUCCAAUGACAUAGCUGUAGAUGACGCUCCUGUUUGCGUUUAUUACUAUUCCAAGGACGGGAAAGGUGAAUGGAAAGCUUACAGAUUGGACACCAAUGUUUUACUUAGUAAUGCUAAAUAUGGAGAUUUAGAAAAAGACCUUGUAGUUUAUAAUAUUAGAGAGAACCAUGGACAUAUAGAUCUUUCAAAAUUUCAAAAUAUUGAAAAACUAGGCGGUGAAUUUAACCCAUGUAUAAAGAAUGGAGGAAUAGAAAGGAGAAACAAACCAAAAAAUAGCGCUACCAAGGGAAACAAAGAUGAUGAAUAUGCAGAAGAUAUUUCAGAAAAUAGCACCAGAUCACAAGUCAUUGGAUACGUUCUUGCAAGCCUGGCAUCUGUUAUGACAAUUGGUAUUGGUGCCUAUCUCAUAUGGCCUAGUAUGAGAAGGCACAUAUAUAGCUCUUUUAUUUAA